AUUCGAUACGAGAGUCGAAGAUUACAACGAGUUUUAUUCGAUUUUAAUGAGCUUUGUUUUAACGUAAAUUCAUUAUUGACGUUGUACGAUUAUCGCUAUAUCGAAACGUAUUAUAUCGAUUACUAUUGACAGCUAAGAACAGCUGUGUAGAAGAAAGGGUUAUUAGUUGUUAAGCAGUUUACGAAGAAUUGAUCUGUUUUUGUUUUCCGAGACUUAUUGCGUUUUGUAUGGUUCGUGUACAUAUUUAUUACGUUUCUUUCGUUUGUUUUACUUACAUGACCAGUAAAUAGUUAUCGAACACCUGCGACCUAGUAUAAAAAGCAUCGUUCGUUGACAAAAUCGAUUGUUAUCAGUGAUAAAAAAAUUUGAAUUUUAAUUAGUGAUAAGCCCUCUAAAGUGCAAUAAUUAGCAUACAGAGUAUGACAUUGCAGAAAAGACCAUGUUUGUGCGCCUACAGGAUUUUGAAGCUAUCGAGUGCGAAUUUUUCGGACCAGUCGUUAAAUAAAUUUCACCUACCUAAUGAACGUCGAAAAUUUAAUUUAGAUUUGACCUGGAAUCGUAUGAAAAUCCUUUAUCAGUUUCAAGAGUAUAUCAAAUCGAUGAAUAUGAAAAAUCAGUCUUCGUCGACCGAAUGGAUUAAUGUUUUUCGCAAGUUACCAGAUUUAUUCUCGGCAGAGCCACCGAAGAAACCGUUUCAACCUACAUUGACUCCCAUCCCGGAAGCAUCUACUGAAACACAAUCUAAGCAAAUUGACGAUAUACCUGCUGAACCUGCGGAAGAAGUUCCUAAAUCUGUACCAGAGCAAGCAGCUCCUGUUACCAAAGAUCAAUCUUAUAAUAUUCCCUUGAUUAGCGGUUGGAAGCCGAAAAAUAUUACUCCUCAGCCUCUUCCUCCUCCUAAACGAGAUGAUCCUAUACCCAAGUGGAGGAAUAAUGUUACCGUAUCUUCGCCUACGAGCGUAUUAUCCAGAGUAAAACAUCUUUUAGUUCUUAUUGAUUGUGCUGAAACGGUACCUUCUCGAGUAAAACGAAUAGAAGAUUUGAUUGCAUUCUUAUUGAAACAUCGUGAAGCUAAACUAAUCGCUGUCAAGGAAGGUGCCAUUCAAAAAUUACUUCGUGUUAGAGCAAAAACCAAAGAUUUCGCCACUCAUAAAGUAUUACGAGAAGCAUUCGCUUUAUUAGGUCAUAUUGAUCCGCUUCCCUGUAAAGGUAUCCGAAUUUUAUCCAUCGAUGGAGGUGGUAUUCGAGGUAUUGCUGUCAUUGAGAUGCUAAGAAGAUUAGAAGAAUUGACUGGUAAACGAAUUUACGAAUUGUUCGAUUACAUCGUCGGUGUCAGCACUGGUUCCAUUUUAGUUUCGUGUAUUGGCACGCCUCAAGGAAUAUCACUCGAUGAAGCUCUCGCAUUGUAUACGGAUUUCGGUACAAAACUAUUCACCCAAAGUCCACUUUGGGGUGUCGGUAAUUUAUUAUGGGGACGUGCUUACUACGACACGACCAUGUUCGAGCAACUUCUGAAACGUUUCAUUGGCGAAACUCCUUUGAUAAAAACAAACAGAGAUGCUAAUUGCCCAAAGUUGGCAGCUGUCUCUACCAUAAUGAAUCAGUGCUCUAUAAUGCCAUAUGUAUUUCGUAAUUACGCCUUACCGUGUAAUCGUCAAUCUCAAUACUUGGGAAGUUGUCAAUAUACUUUAUUCGAAGCUGUUAGAGCUUCCGGCGCUGCACCUACUUUUUUCGAAGAAUUUUGUCUAGAUGGAAUCAUUCAUCAAGAUGGAGGUAUUCUGAUGAAUAAUCCUUGUGCUCUCGCUAUUCAUGAAGCUAAACUGCUCUGGCCGAAUAGUGAAAUUCAAUGCGUAGUUUCCUGCGGUACAGGUCGUCAUGCUCCGCUGUCUGUUGCGGCUGAAUCUGUCAAAACUAGCGUUAGUCCAUCGUCUGUUUCGUGGAGAACGGUGUUUAAUAAGAUAUUAGAGAGUGCAACAGAUACCGAAGGUGUUCACACAAUGUUGAACGAUCUACUUCCGCCCAAUGUUUAUUUCCGUUUCAAUCCAUAUCUCACCGAUUUAAUCGCAAUGCACGAAAACAAAGCUCCUAAAAUAUCGCAAUUACGCGAAGAGACCAAUUUAUACAUGCGAAGAAACGAAGAGAAAUUCGUCGACGCUGCUACCAGUCUUCUAAUCAAACGAACCGCUACUCAAAGAGUUCAAGAUUUCUUGGAAUUAAAAUGUUACGAAUACGGAGUCAAAAAUACCGCUUGUAAAUUGUAAUUGUAAUUCAUCGUUUUGUACCUGUGUAUUUUUUAAAGAAAUAAUAAUAGCUUAUAUUUUUGUUAAUUUCUCAUUACAUUUUUCUUUUGUUA